GGUGAAAAGUGUUUGUAUUAUAUUUAAAAAACGUAUUGUAAAAGUGUUGAGCUUAUAUUGGAAAAAAGAACGCACCCGAAUUGUUACCGCAGCAGAGACUUGGUGUCAUGCCAAAGAAAAGUGACAGUACAUAUAGAAUUUGUUUAUAACUUCAUUGGUUUUUGGUACAACACAAAAAAUUGUUGUAGGUUUUUACCUUUUUGAAUUUUGUGAUUGAAACAAAUCGGCACAAAAAUGAACGAUCCAAAUACGAUAAAUUGUCGUAUAUAUGUGGGAAAUCUGAAGGAAAACACCACAAAACCAGAAAUACAGAACAUAUUUUCAAAAUAUGGUUCGAUUCUUGGUAUAAUGUUAAGCCGAAAUUUCGGCUUCAUUCAAUUUGAAAGUGAAACGAGUGCAAACAAUGCGAUCGAUAAUGAAAAUCAGAAAGUGUACAAUGGUCGUAAAAUUACGGUAAGCAAAGUACAGAAAAAGGGUGCACAAAAACAAAUGGAUAAAGGUCCACCGACCAAUAAUGCAUCGAAUCCAGACACUGGCAGCCAAAGUACACAAAACAAUCCGGUGGUAAACACAAAUCCACCGAUUCCAUCCAGUAAUAAUGCGAAUAGCAUUCCAUCCAGUAAUAACAAUAAUGCAUUACGAAACAAUAAUAACAUGGGUAAUAUGGGAAAUGUAUCACAAAUGCAAAAUACAUCCGGCAAUCAUCAAUCGAGACAACAACAACCAAUAUGGCGAAAUCGAAACAAUAAUCGCAACAAUAUGAACAAUGAAAUGAGUUUGCACACAGACCGGGAACGAUCACCACAACGACGUGAAGGAAACAAUGACAGAUGGAAUCAAGAUAACCAGGGCAGUGGUAAUUUCAAUCAUUUCCGUAAUAAUAAUCGCAACAACAACAAUAUGGUCGGCCACAAUAAUAUGGGCAACAUGAUGAAUCAAAUGAUCAAUAUUAAAAAGGAAACUAUCAACAAUAGUAGUGGUGCCGGUGGCAGUGGCAUUGCCAGCAACAUGGCCAACAAUAGCAACAACACUGGAAACCAACAAACAUUCGGUUUUCCCACUGACAAUUUCAAAAGCGUCCUGAAUGGUGGCAUACUCCGGGGCUAUGCUUCGGCACGUGAAAUACGUGCAAAAUAUCCGAAUGCAAAUGAUUGUGAAAUUGUUGUGCUUGAAAAGCAUCUGGUCGAUUAUGCGGAAUACAUUGAGAGUCGUUUAAAACGUGCUGCAAUCACAGCCGAUCUUCUAUUUCCGAAUGCCGAUCUAACAAUUGGAAAAAUGUUAACAAACAUAUCGAAUCGCGGUGCAUUAUAUGCUGUUAUCAUUCAACCACAGCACAAGGAAAAUAAUAGCGUUACAUUGAACAUUUUGUAUGGUAUACCAGCUGAACAUCGUAAUAUGCCAUUAGAAGAUGCCAUUGCAUUGAUUAUUCGAAACUAUCAGCAUUUGUGCCAAGGUGAAAAUGGUGAUGUGAUUGGUGACACAGAUGAAUCACCAUACGCUUCAAUUCCAAUGGCAAAUGUUCGACAUCCCGAUUCAGUUCAGCAUUUGAUCAAUUUAUUGGCCGACAAUCGAACAUUAACGGUACUUCAAUUGGAUUGUAUCUUAAAAUAUUUACAAGAACGACGAGAAGCACAAUAUAAAUUUGAAUUGGGCGACACAAAUCUCAAUGUACAACAAACGUCAGCGGUUGAUAAUAAAUCGACGGUAUUGCCGAAUGAACAAAAUAAAACCGAGACAUCGACAUCAGCCGCACCCGUUGAACCACCAAAAGUCAAUCCAGAGGAGGAGAUUCAAAAGAAAAUUCUCGAAAUUCUCAACAAACCAAGUAUUCCAAACAUUAAACCAGACACAAGUGCUGAUAAAUUAUCAAUUGAUAAGAAGCAACCAGCCACCAUUACAUCAGAAUUGAGCUCAACCAAUCGUCAAGAACCAAAACUAUUGGCCAAAGAUCCAAAUCUACGAAAUGUCUUAGAUUCACUUAUGCUUGAUGAUAUUUAAAAUGUGAACUCAAUUUCAAUUUCAACUUUUUUAAGUCCGUUUAUUUUAUCACAUUUGCUUUAUAUAUUGUGACUCAUUCUUGAAUAAAAAUAAUAAUA